AUGUUUCGCCAGGCAGUUAAGGGUAUACGUACCUUGAGGAAUUUUAGCCAUUGCAGACCUCGUCUCAAUGCAUUGCCACAAACACGCACCUCGGUUCUACCAAAUGGUCUCACUGUUGCUAGCGAGUUCAUACCCAACAAAUCUACCGCUACUGUUGGUAUUUUUGUUGAUGCAGGAUCUAGAGCUGAGAAUGAAAGAAACAACGGUACAGCGCAUUUCCUCGAACAUUUGGCUUUCAAGGGAACACAGAAUAGAUCACAAACCGAUAUUGAACUUGAAAUUGAAAAUAUUGGUUCACAUUUGAAUGCUUAUACCUCUAGAGAGAAUACAGUUUACUACGCUAAAUCUUUGGAAGGAGAUGUGCCAAAAGCUGUGAAUAUAUUAAGUGAUAUUUUAACUAGAUCAGUGUUAGAUCCCAAGGCUAUUGAAAGGGAAAGAGAUGUUAUUAUCAGAGAAAGUGAAGAAGUUGACAAGAUGUACGAUGAGGUUGUGUUUGAUCAUUUGCAUGAAAUAGCAUACAAACAACAGCCUCUUGGUAGGACAAUCCUUGGUCCUAUCAAAAAUAUCAAAUCAAUCUCAAGAAAAGAUCUGAAGAGUUAUAUAACCGAAAAUUAUAAAGGUGACAGAAUGGUGCUGGCCGCUGCCGGUGCUGUGGAUCACGAAAAGUUGGUCGAUUAUGCGCAAAAAUAUUUGGGUCACAUUCCAAAAUCUGAGUCACCUAUGCCCCUGGGUUCUCCAAGGGGACCUUUACCAGUCUUCCAAAGAGGUGAACGUUUGAUACCAGAGAACACGCUUCCAACAACACAUAUCGCCUUAGCACUGGAAGGUGUUUCAUGGUCUGCUCCUGACUAUUUCAUCGCUUUGGCAACCCAAGCUAUUGUUGGUAACUGGGAUAGAGCUGUCGGUACAGGUACUAACGCUCCUUCCCCAUUAGCUGUUGCAGUUAACAAGGGUAACAAUACUUUGGCUAAUUCAUAUAUGUCAUUUUCUACAUCCUAUGCUGACUCGGGUCUGUGGGGUAUGUACAUUGUCACAGAUUCCAACGAGCAUAACGUGCAAGCUAUCAUCGAUGAAGUAUUGAAGGAAUGGCGCAGAAUCAAGGCUGGUAAUAUCACAGACGAUGAAGUUAACCGUUCUAAAGCCCAGUUAAAAGCAGCUUUGUUACUGUCCUUAGAUGACACCACGGCAAUCUUAGAGGAUAUUGGCAGACAAAUUGUAACUACAGGUAAGAGGCUAUCUCCAGAAGAGGUCUUUGAAAAAGUUGAUAAUAUUACAAAAGAAGAUAUUGUUUUAUGGGCUAACUACAGGCUGAAAAAUAAGCCAGUAGCAAUAGUAGCUCUGGGUAAUACAAAAACUGUACCAAGUGUAGACUAUAUCGAAAAACAACUAAAUGCAUAA